CAGAUAUAGUGAAUGCAGGGUCCGGGAGACCAGAAAUAGUGAAUGCAGGGUCCGGGAGAGUCCAGAUAUAGUGAAUGCGGGAUAUAGUGAAUGCAGGGUCCAGGGAGACCAGGAAUAGUGAAUGCAGGGUCCGAGGGAGACCAGAUAUAGUGAAUGCAGGGUCCGGGGAGAGCGGAUAUAAUGAAUGCGGGUCCGGGGAGAGCGGAUAUAGUGAAUGCGGGGUCCGGGGAGAGCGGAUAUGGUGAAUGCAGGGUCCGGGGAGACCAGAUAUAGUGAAUGCAGGGUCCGGGGAGACCGGAUAUAGUGAAUGUGGGGGUCCGGGGAGACCAGAUAUAGUGAAUGCAGGGUCUGGGGAGACCGGAUAUAGUGAAUGCAGGGUCCGGGG